AUGGAACCGGAGCCGUCCCUUGCCGCUCUCCUUGAGGCUAUCACAGCCCUCACAGCCACAGUCGGGUCCUUGCAGGACCAAAUCAAAUCCCAAGGCAAGCAAAUCACACAGCUCACCGCCAUAUGCAAGGAAACCAACAACCUUGUUGGUGACAAGGACCAGGGCGGAGCCCAAACCAAGCCUGGCCCAUCAACUGGGCCUGUCACCCCUCCUACCCACUCAGGAGGGGAAACCCACACUCCAGGCACGGUUAGGCCUGGGCUCAAGGCCCCUUUCUGCCCAUCCAGAGGAACGGGCUUUGACUCAGAAGAAGAGGAAGAACCCAGGCAAGCCCCCAAGAGAGAGCCUUGCGACACGCCUAAGCGGAGCCUCAGCUCCCUUACCCCAUUCAACUCAGGGUCCAGCGUGAAGCGACCCAAAAUGGAGCUCCCCGACCCAUACAAAGGGGAUUCUAGGGGAAAGAAGGCAACCCAGUGGCUAGACCGCAUGCUACUAUGGGUUGCGCUUCAUCAAGACCAGUUUGAUGAAGAAGAACAAAUGGUUGUGUGGAUCCUAUACCACAUGACUGACAAGGCCGCCGACUGGGCUCUCCCUAUCAUAGGGACCAUCAUCAAGGGCGAGGGAAACCCUCCCACCACCAUCCCAGCCUUAACGGCCAAAUUCAAGGAAGCUUUUGCGGACCCAGAUGCCAAACAAGCCGCCGCUAGGAAGAUUGCCGCGCUUACUCAGACAACCACCACGUCUGAGUACGUCACCAAGUUCCGCAAUCUUAUGGCAGAACUUGACUGGAAUACUGAGGCGUACAUUGCCCAGUUCACGCGCAGUCUUCACUGGAAGGUGAAGGAACUCCUGUCCACCAAGGACAAUAUCCCAGACGACGACCUUGAGGCUAUAUUUGCUGCCUCUGUCAAAAUAGACAACAUUUGUAGGGAAAACAAGGAGAACCGUCCAAAGAAGGCACCUGCCAAGUCCCCGGCCACCGUGGCCACCACCUCCACUACCACUACUCAACGGGUCCAAUUAUCAGAGGAUCCCAACUACGUUACCCCGGAGGAAAGGGACCGCCGCCGCGCGUCUGGCAUUUGUGUCAAGUGCGGUCAAAAAGGGCAUGGCAUCAAACAGUGCCCUAACGGUUGGAAGGCAACUAUCAAGGAGGUUGCCAAGGUAGCUGAAGAAGAGUCGGGAAAAGAAUAA